GGCUGGGCACUGGGCAUUGACAGGGGGGCAUCUUCACAAGUAUAUAUAUAUGGAGGAAUCGGCUGUGUACCUCGCAGCAGGUUCUUCCUACUCACACGAAGCAACAUGAAGACCUUGGUGGUAUUAGCCCUCGCUCUGUGCUGUAGCGGCCAGAUCGCCGUCCCGUACAUCGCCGCCCCUUACCCAGUGGCCAUCAAGUACCAGGGAGUCGACGCCUUCGGCCAGACCACCUUCGGUCACCAGGCUUUCGACCAGACCAGGCACGAAGUCCGUCUCGCUGACGGGAGGGUGGUCGGCCAAUACUCCUUCAUCGACUCCAACGGCGAGCCUGCAGUAACCUACUUCGAGGCCGGCCGCAACGGCUACCGCGUCCUGGGAUCCAAUGUCCUCCCAGAGGGACCAGCCGCUGACUUCGUGCCCGAGUACUCCGAGGACGUAGCCAAGGCGAGGGAGGAAUUCUUGGCAAUCUUCGAGGAGGCCAGAAAGGGGAACAUCAUCUCCCCAGCCGCGCCUGCUGCGCCAACCCUCGCCGCCCCCGAGAAGCCAGUGGAGGAAGCAGCCCCAGCUGCCCCAGCAGCCCCAGAAGCCGCUCCCGCCGAAGGCGAAAAGGCAGCAGAAGAAUACGCCGCUGAGAAAGGAGCCGAAGAACCCGUUGCAGAACCUGCUGCCGUCGAGACAGCCCGUCGUCGCCGCGACGUAGCCCGCGUCCCUCUGCCUUACCUGCACGCCGUGCCCACUGAGACGAAGACCACCGUUGAGACCAAGCAGUUCGAGCCCGUCGACGCUGCCACCCCAGCUGACACGAAGAAGAUCGCCCUCACGACGAAGGAGCACACCUUCACCGUGCCAGGCUUCAAGUACGUGCAGCCCACCGUUGAGGUCAAGCCUGCGCAGUACAGUCUCCUGACCCCACAGGUGAUCGGCGCCCCCAAGCCAGCGCAGUACAGUCUCCUGACCCCACAGGUGGUCGGCGCCCCCUUCUCCCACGGGUUCUACCCAGGAUUCGGGUAUCCCUUGAUCUCCGUGGCUGCUCCUGCUGCUGCUGCACCAGCAGAAGAGAAGAAGGAGUAAUUGAUGACCUACCCAAGACGACCACGAUCUGAAGGACACGAAAGCAAACGCGAUGAGGAAUUUGUAUAAAUAAGCUGAAAUGUUUAGCUGUAAAUAAAACAAAAAAAAUUAUCUGUUCUGCUUAAGGGUCAGAUACUCUAUGAUUUGUAUAAUUUAGGCUUUUGGCGUGAGUGAAGUCACUUGCGGUGACGUAUCUUAGGGCAUUCUUCUCCAUCUCCAUCUGAGGGCAAACCUUUCUCUCUGUUUCUUUAACUUUUUCUGGAAAUGUAAAAACUCAGAGAAUAAAACGGAAUGCUGCAUUUUAAA